GCGCGGGCCGGCCCCCCCAGGAGCGCGCCCGCGCAGAAGCCGCGGGCGCGCUCCCCGAGGGGCCGCCGAGCUCUCGGCGGGAGCUCGGCGCGCGCGGGCCUCCCCGAGGGAGGCGAAGAGACGGCGGCAUAGACACGAAGACUCCCUCGGACGAUGUGCACUCCAGAAGUUAGGCGCGGGCCGCCCGUUGCUCUGGCACCCCGGCGGGGGCCCUGCGCGCGCGGUGCGCGCCGCGUGCGGGCUCUGGGGCCUCGUGGGCGACCCCGGCGGCCCCGCGCGAGAUGGAGCUCCACUGCCAAGGCGCGAAGCUCACCAGGAUCUUCCUCGCCCUGAGCCGCAGCCAGUCCCCCUUCGCCGAGGUGGAGCUCGACGGCCGGCUCCUCGCGCGCACCCGGCCGCACGAGGACGGGAACCUGGAGCCGUGGUGGGACGCCAAGGUCCCGAUCUCCCAGGAGGGCCGCACGCUGGUCUUCAGAGUGCUGGUCAAGGGCCUGAUCGGCGACGAGAGGCUGUGCGGCGCCGGCGCCGUCGACGUCCAGAAGGCGCUGCAGCACCCCCGGGACCAGUACACGGUGAAGCUCAUGAAGAAGGGCGAGACCACCGGCGUCUUGUCCUUCGCCCUGCGCGCCAGGCGCGCCCCCGCCGCCGCUCCGGGCGCCCUCGCGGGCGCCGCGGCGCGGCCGGGCCAGCCCGGCGGCUACCCGCAGCAGCAGCACCUCCAGCAGCAGGCCCAGCAGCAGCAGCUCCAGCCGCUCCCGCAGCAGCCGCUCCCGCAGCAGCCGCUCCCGCAGCCGCAGCCGCUCCCGAAGCAGCAGCAGCCGCUCCCGCCGCCGCCGCGCGGCCCCGCUGAGGCCCCCUCGCCCGCCGCGCGGGGCGCCGGGGCCGGCGGCGCCGGGAUCGGGGCGGGCAGCGCGGGGGCGAGCCGGCUGAGCAUGGGCACGCGGGGCCAGACGAAGGCCGCGGCGCUGAUGCGGAGCAAGGACCUCAUGAGGGAGUACGCGGACAGGCCCUUCCGGAGGCCCGGUCUGCCGGGGGUCGCCGAGAGGCCGCUGGGCCUGCAGGAGUUCUCCGAUGCGAUGGGCACGCUGUGCGCGGACCUGGAGAUGCCCAACCCCGGCCCGCAGGGGAUCGCGAGGAUGUUCGAGAAGCACGGUGGGCGUACCGAGGGGGGCGUUAGCCGCGAGGAGUUCGAGGCCCUGCUCUUCCGCAUGCUCUGCUUCAUGCUGGCGAAGGGAGACGUGAACGUCCAGGCAGUGCCAGCAACGCCCACGGCGGGUGGCGCGGCCCGCGACGCAGGGUGGAGGGAGGAGUUCCUGAAGAAGAACAACAAGCAGAUCAGGGAGGUAUACGAGUUUGGCAAGAAGCUCGGGCAGGGCAGCUUCGGCUCCGUGUACGUGGUCUACCACCGCACCGAGCUGUCCGGGGCGAACCGCCGCGAGCGGGUGUGCAAGGUGGUCAGCAAGGCGAGCGCGGAGAAGCAGGGCACGCCUCACGAGAUGGUGCGCCAGGAGUUCGCCGUGCUCAAGCGGCUUGACCAUCCGCACGUCCUCCGCAUAUUCGAGGAUUUCGAGGACGGCGAUAAUUUCUACAUCGUCAUGGAGCCUUGCCGAGGGGGGGACCUGCAGGAUGCUGUCAAGAACCCCUACACCAGAGACCCCCGCGAGUGGGAGAGGUGGGUGUGCAGGGCCAUGCAGCACACGCUCGAGGCCGUGGCGUAUUGCCAUGCCCGUGGGGUCAUCCACAAGGACCUGAAGCCCGAGAACGUCAUGAUGUCGAGCCCCAGGGGGGCUCCGACGUCCCAGCUGCACGUGGUCGUGGUAGACUUCGGCCUCGCCCAGAUGUUCUCCCAGUCCGACGCGCGCAGCCAGCAGGUCGCCGGCACGCCGCCCUUCAUGGCGCCCGAGGUGUGGCAGGGCAAUUUCGGCAGGGGCUGCGACGUGUGGGCCUGCGGCGUGAUGCUGUUCUUCAUGCUCUCCGGCAGGUACCCCUUCAUGGCGUCGCGCCUGCAGGACUUCCCCGCGGCCGUCGCGCGGGAGCCCGACUGGGGCCUCGUCUCCGGGGCGAGCUCCGGCGCGCAGUGGACCUGCAGCGCCAUGCUGUGCAAGGACGAGCGCCUGCGGCCGAGCGCCUCCGACCUGCUGCGGGGGCCCUGGCUCGCCGCCGCCAGCGCCCAGGCGGGCCAGGCGCCGGUGCUGGAGUCCGUGAGGUUGGGGAUCCUGCAGGUGGGCGAGCGCUCCGAGUUCGAGAAGUUCGUGGGGCGUCUGGUAGCCACGCAGCUGGACGCGGGGCAACUGAGGAGCGUAGCUGCUUUGAUAAGCGCGUGCUGGAACGCAACUCGUACCCUGCUCUAAACUUCUCGCGUACGUGGUGGCCCAAGUUUUGGCGAACCCAUCGCACCAGGAGAGCAUUUUUGUCUCUGCGUGUUGAGCUCCGUGUUAACAUGCUACGGGUUGCGUGUUGCGUAGGGGGGCAGCUCAGUUUCGGCUGUGCUUCAAGGGGGGAGUGAGAAGGGGCGGGCCUUCUCAGAAGGCUCGGAAGUCACGUUGGCCUUCGGAGCAGUGUUCUGAGCCUUCCCCGAAGACGCAGAAGACUUCUCAGAGGACGCCAGGGCUUCUGAGAAGCACCGCCGCCUUCUGAGACGGCCUCCUCCUCACUUCCCCCCCCCGUCGCUCGCCGCCGAUCAAUCCGCGGCCCCCGGGGUCCCGACCCCCUGCCCCCCCUGGCAGUUUCGCGCCCCGGAUCCGGUCUGGAUGGCCCCGGGGCCCGCGUAUACGGCCGCCCGCGGAGGCCGACAGUGCAGAAACUCGCCCGUGUGGGGAACAAGAUGCAGAUCGCGGGGGAUUCGGGUCGGGUGUUGCUAGAAGUGCCCCUGGCCCGAGGUGCUCCCAGCUUUCCGCUCCAUGUUGGGCCGCCUGCGCCCCCGAGGGCCUCGUGAGGGGUACUCGGGAGGCCAUCUGGGCCACCCCACUCCUCCUCCUCCUCCUCCUCCUCCUCCCCCUCCUCCUCCUCCUCCCCCUCCUCCUCCUUCUCCUUCUCCUCCUCCUCCUCCUGGGGCCACCCGAUCGGGGGGGGCAGCCAAGCGCAGGCGAGUGAACGACGCGUUCCGCGCCCUCGACGCCGACCGCAACGGCACGCUGGGCCGCGACGAGCUGGUGCGCGGCCUGGUGCUGCUCGGGGCGGGGCAGGCGGAGGCCUCCCAGGCGGUGGACCACCUGGACGUGGGACGGGCCAGGUCUCGUACACCGAGUUCCUGGCCGGCGCGCUGAACCUGCGGCGGAAGAGCCCGCAGCAGCGGGACGAGCUGCUCUGGCCCCCGAAGAGGGAAAAAGCGGCAUGAGCACCACUUGCCGGGCGUCCGCGCGGAGUUCUUGCAGACUGCUGUGUUUCAAAGGGUCCAGCGAGGAUCCGGGUCCUCGGGCCCGCCCGCCCGCCCCCCCGGGACAAGCUGUGCUUGUCGCUUGCGCAGUGCAGACAGGGGGUUACGCAGUGCUGGCGCGCGCGCGAGGGCACACGCGGGGCGGCGCACAGCGGAGAGGCUCGGUCGGGGCUGGACCUCGGCGCUGUGUUGUUGGAGUGCGGCUG